CCUGCGCCAAAUACAUCAGGCGAGGUGGUGGCGUGGAGGAAGGAGCCGUCCCCGACCCCGCCUCCUCUCGCGGUUCUUGGCGCGGGGGAAGGUAGAUCCGGGCCUGUUUGUUGCCGGCCGGCGACAGUGGUUGGUUGGUUCCGUUGCCGAGGGGAGUAUGGCUCAACGGGGCUCAGCGCAGGCAGCCUUGGGGCGGACGAUGGAGGCGGAGAGGCUACAGGAGGCAGAGGCUGCCUUGGAACAGCAUCAGCAGUUGAUUGCAGGAAAAGCACAUAAAGAAGGUGGAUCUGCACGAAUGUCACUUCUCAUCUUAGUAUCCAUCUUCUUAACAGCUGCUUCUGUUAUGUUGAUGGUAUAUAAAAACUUUCCCCAACUUAGUGAAGAGGAGAGAGAAUGUAUGAAAGUUCCUAGAGACAUGGAUGAUGCUAAAGCUUUAGGAAAAGUACUCUCUAAGUACAAGGAUACUUUCUAUGUUCAAGUAUUAGUGGCCUAUUUUGCUACCUAUGUCUUCCUGCAAACAUUUGCUAUUCCUGGAUCUAUAUUUUUGAGUAUACUUUCAGGAUUUCUUUAUCCUUUUCCAUUAGCUCUAUUUCUUGUUUGUCUGUGCUCUGGACUUGGAGCUUCUUUUUGUUAUAUGCUAUCGUAUUUAGUUGGAAGACCAGUUGUAUAUAGAUAUUUAACAGAGAAAGCAGUAAAAUGGUCAAAACAGGUUGAAAGACACAGAGAACAUCUCAUUAACUACAUAAUAUUUUUGAGAAUCACUCCUUUCCUUCCUAAUUGGUUCAUCAAUAUAACUUCUCCUGUAAUAAAUGUGCCAUUAAAAGUAUUUUUUAUUGGUACUUUUCUUGGUGUUGCACCACCAUCUUUUGUAGCAAUUAAAGCUGGAACCACACUUUAUCAGCUCACUACAGCAGGCGAAGCUGUUUCCUGGAACUCAGUCUUUAUUCUUAUGGUUCUGGCAAUUCUGUCCAUUCUACCAGCAGUUUUCCAGAAUAAACUUAAACAAAAAUUUGAAUAAGGAUCAACCUGGAUCUUUGUUUUCCAUUUCAUCUCAGGAUCCGCACUACUUCUGUGAUUCCUUUUCUAAUGGAUGUUAAGUAACUUAGAAAGAGGAAUCUGAAGAGACACAGAAGUUUUUAGAUCUUUUGUUCAGUUAUAUUUAUGGUGGGGGAGACAAAAUCCACAGCUGGAAGAAAAUUUUAAGGUGAACCAUACCUUUUGAAGAAUUCUGAAGCUCAUUGUCAAUUCUCAUUGUCAAUUUUAAUCUAUAAUAUUGAAUCUGAAUUUAUGCUUUGUAUGAUGCCUUUUUGAUAAUAUAAUGUGAAUAAUUUGUUUCUCCCAUCUUUUCCUCAUCACUGAACAAUCCUAAGAAAUUACAAAUUGCACAAUGAAUUCUAUAAUCCCAAUGGAGUAAAAAGACUGCAUCAUUUCUUUAUGCAUAAAGUCUUCGUUGAACACAUGAUUAGGUGGCUUGACCAGUGUUUUUCAGAAAUUUCUGGGUCUUUGUUUUUUGCUCAUUUUUGUAAAAGAUUGAGUGAUUUAACUGUAGGAUAUUUUUUGUUUUCUUGAAAUGGAGCUAAUUUAUCAUGGCACAUAAAAAUACUACUUUUAAUAUUCUUACCUUGUUUGUGAGCAUUUUAGUUAUUUGGCUAAAAUUUUAUGAAACACUUAUUGUCUGCCAAAAAGCAGUCAUCAGAAUUUAUUUUAUAGUGGAAUGGCCUUUUAUUUUGAAGUCAUUUUCUUUUGAGUGGCAGGAUUUAUUAAUAUUUCCAAGUGCUGCACCAUUUUUAAAACUACAAUCUGGCUAAGUAAAAAUUCAAUGAAUUGCUUGAAUCUAAAAUGCCAAAGAUAUUUUCCAAGCUCCCCUUAAAGCCCAGAUUUUUUCAGUCAUAUUUUACACAGCAGUUGAAAUGAAUGAGAAGUGCCUAAGAAUGAACAAAUUCAGUCUGCAAUGGAAGAAGUGUUAUUUGUUCACUGGGCAAAGAUUAAUCUACAGAAAUUGUAUAUUUUGUAAAUUAGCUUUGCUAAUAUAAUGUAUACUUUUUCUAAUGGAAGAGUAGCAUAUUAAAAAGGGAAUGAAGAUUGGCUUUUGAAUUUUAAGUACUCUUUAGGAGUUUUACUUUCAAAAAUAAUGAUACUUUUGGCUGAAUUACUAUAAUUGUCAUGAAAUAUUUUUCCUCCAUUUAUGAGAUCUGAUAUAUACUGUUCUACUUCAUAAUACCUCUCAACCAUUCCUAUAUAUCAGGGGUGUCAAACUGGUGGUCUAUGGGCUGAAUGCAUCACUUGCAGGCCAUGCCCACCCCAGCUCUGCGAAGGGGAAAAACAUCAUGAUACAUCAUGUGAUGGCAACGUGACAGCGAGUUUGACACGCGUGCUCUAUAUCUAAUGCUGAUUGUUCCAUGCACUUAUUUUUGUUACAAGUAGUCCAUGUUUAAUGACUAAUUGGAACUGGAAAUUCUGUGAUGUCAUACAUUGAAAAAAUACAUGUGACCAUGACACUUAGUGACAGUAGUUCCAGCAGUGUCAGUUCCCUUUGUUAAGUGAGGACCAUGUAUGAUUAUGACUUCCUACUGACUUCUCCUUUGAUUUUCAUUCUGGGAAACUGACAGGGAAGGUCACAAUUCAUGAUCAAGUAGCCAUGGGGACACAGCGCUGGCAAGUCCAGUCAUUACUAUCACUCAUUCAGUGCCAUUGUAUGUUUGAAUGGUUCCUGAAUGAGCAGUCAUUAAAUGAGGACCACUGUAUAUGCAGAUAUAUGCAGUCAAAUGAACAAAGUUUUACAGAUCAUUCAAGCAAAAUCAGAAUAUUGUCAACUUUUUUGACCCUCUCUGAAACAAGGCCAAUAUGCAAACCAAAUGUGCAAGAAAUUAUAUUUUAUUACCCAGAUUUCUAUACCACCUGCUUCUUAAGACUUAGGCAGUUUACAACAAUGUGACGUUAUCACAGCAUCAAUCAAUAAAGCCAUACAACUACCGAACACAACAUGGCAUCUAAUUAUUAAAAAUAAUCUAAUUGGGCUGUGUAGUAGCUAUUCCAUUCCUCUAUGUAUAUUUUUUCUGUCUGACCUUGUGAGCUGGAACACAAGUACCUGAGAUUGUACUUGUGUCCCAGCUCACCUAAGAUGUAUAGUGUCUUUCAGUUUUGAACCAAAGGCAUUCCAUUACUUUGUUGAAGGUGCAGCUGUAAUACUAUAUGCUUUAAUUUCAGGGUAUUAGUGGUGGUUUACUGGUAGUCCUUGACAUUUGACCACAAUUGAGCCCAAAAUUUCUAUUGCUAAGCAAGACAGUUAUUAAGUGAGUUUUGCUGCAUUUUACGACCUUUCUUGCCACAGUUGUUAAGUGAAUCAUUGCAGUUAAGUUAGUAUCAUGGUUAAGUGAAUCUGGCUACCCCAUUGACUUUGCUUGUCACAAGGUCACCAAGGUGAUCACAUGACCCUCAGACACUGCAACUGUCAUAAAUACAUGCCAAGCAUUCAAAUUUUGAUUGUGUAACCAUAGGGAGUCAACAGUUGUAAGUGUGAAAAACAGUCAUGUCACUUUUUUUAUGUAACUUGGGUGACUAAAACCUAUCUGUACUGACUCCGGCACAAUAGCUGGGAGAAUGUGGUCAAUUUAGGAAUAAAAUAUCCUGAGGCUUUCAGGAUGAUUGACCAGUAAUCUGAUAGGCAAAAGGCCAGAUUAAUACUCUUUGAGUUAUGAUAGCAAAGUCUUUUUUUUAAAUUUAAUAAUCCAGAAAGUGAGUUGGAAAUAAUUUUCACUGAUGGGAUGGACCAUGGGAUUUAUUCAGACUUAAUUCAAAUUGUAAUGAUAAUCUUGUUUUUUUAAAAAUGGACAUAAUAAGAAAGUGCUUUAUUAGAACUGAAGUUACUUGAGACUAUCUGAAGUAGCAAUUAUUUAAUCUUUAAUGACCUUUUAUUAAUACGUAUGUCAGCAAAAUAUAGGAUUCUACAAUAUCCACUCCCUGGCCGUCUUGAAAACUGCCUUAUUUUCAGUGAAGUCCUUGCAAUCUAAGAGUAUGGGAAGAGUAUUCUGCCACUUUUUAUAAUAUGUAUUGAAUCGUUGAAUUGAAUUAUUACAGGAUUAUGUGUAAAUUUAUAAGAAUAUAAUUAAUGUGCUUAAUUGUUUUCCACGUAUAAAAUUUCCUUUUAUUCAAUUCACUGCUGCAACAUUUUUUAGCAGUACAUGCAGUAUUAUGUCAAUUAGGAAGAAUUUUCUACUCUUAGAUAUUUUAAGAGAUUGAUUCAGGUACAUCUGAAAAUGUAUCUGUAAUUAAUGCCAUGAAUUUGAUACAAAUUAUUUUAGUCUAAUUAGUUAAAUGUUUACAGUUCUAUUUACUGGGAGAAAAGUGUAAUGUUCUUGAUGAAUUCUGCCAAUAUAGAGGCAAUAAUAUAUUCUGUCUUUGUUGUUCAGGAUAUUGUAUAACUUGAAUUGGUUUGUUUAGGGUUUUAAUAACUCUUUGCAGUUCAUAAUACAUAAUACAGGGUUGUACAUUUUAAAUAUUGUUUUUAAAUAAACUAUAAUUAAAAUAGUUAAGCUAUUGACCCAAUAACUACAGCAAGCUUUCUUUU